AGACUCUGUAAGUUAGCUAAUCAGUUCAGCAGCACGUUUGAACAGCAGCAGUUGUGCACUUUUGAAUUGAAAUUUAAUCGAAAUGUAUGAGUACAAACAGUAUAGUGACGAUACGAAUGCGUUGAGUCGAGUGCAACCGCAAGUGAUGCCAGAGCAGGGUCGGGCUGGUCAGUACACAAAUAAGUUGCACUACUUGAGGAAGUAUCUGCUCGACGAGCUGGUUACCAAGAAGUUUGCCAUGGACUUUAUGGAACCGGUGGAUGCGGUGGCACUGCAAGUGCCCAAUUAUUACCAAGUGAUAACCAGACCCAUGGAUGUGGGCACGAUUAUCAAGCGUGUCCAUAAUCGGUAUUAUCAUUGUGUCGAUGAUCUGGUUCAUGACUUUCGUUUGGUAAUAAGCAACUGUUACACAUUCAAUCGUCCUGGGGAUGUGGUUUACUGUAACUGCCAGAAGCUGGAGAAAUUCUUUCACAGGGUGCUUAAUAAGAUGCCACGAGGCGAGGAAAAGCCUAGCACAAAGGAUCCCCGUGGCUCAGGCUCGGAGAAGAACAACGAAGCCGUUCAGCGUCAGUGUCGGGAAUUAUUGAGAAAACUACAGAUCUCGAUUUCGAAUGAGGACGACAGAAGUAUUCACAGGUAUUUCAACAACAAAUUGGAAAUCUUAUCGCUAAGACUUGACCAAUGUGCCAUCCGAACUGUCGAAGAAUUCCGAUUCGAAAUUAAUGAGAUAUUUCAAGACUUCCAUGUUCAAGUGGAAACUUUCUACGAGUUAUACCAUAGCGUCUGUGAGCACCCAUCUCUGCCGACCUAUGACAGAUGUAAUCUGUUCCGGCAUCAUCAGGACUUCGAUCCACCUGUGUUGGACAAUGAAGAUAUUACCCAACUGCUUUAUACUCUUAAACGCGCUGAAAGUAGCGUCGAGCAAUGUCAAAAGUCAUAUAGCGAAGAAGAGGAACGACGGGCCAGAGAUCUCCUCCAGGCAUUCUAUUCCACUGCAUUUCGCAUAAAGCAAAAACUAUGCAAUGAUGGCAUGGGGAGAGAAGAGGAAGCCGAUGCGGAAGAGGAAAAUGGCCACGACGAGGAUGAAGGAAGGGAGGAAAUCAAUCAUAAAGAUAAACAAUUAGGAGAAAAUGAGGAAAACUGCGAGGAAGAGCAAGAUGAUGAAAAUGAGGUAAACGAUCAAGCGAAUGAAACCGAGAGUAUUGAGAAAAUGAAUGAAAAUUGAGUGAAAAUACAACAAAUGAAUUUGUCUUUAGAAAUUAAAGAAGCAAUUUGAGGUUCGAUUCCGGGCAAUUCGACAGUCUGGGAGGACUUGUCGAUGUCCAGCAGCGAUGAGAUCAGUGAUAGCAGUUCAGAUGAAAGCAGCCCAUAUGACUCAAUCAAGCAAAUCUACAAAUUGAAAAGAAACAAUUUAAAUAAAUUCAGUUCAUUAAUCACACA